CAGCGUUCGGCAAAAUCGCACUCUUAACUUCACACUGGAUAAAUCGGCGUUUGUAUCGCUCGCUGUGAUGUUCUGAGCAAAAAUCACUCCUCUUAACUCAUUUCCAUUGGAUCUAAGCCUUGAAACCCAUCAAUUAAUGUCUUCAACUAUCAACAUAAACAAUCCCCACGAUCUUGUUCCUGAAUCUAAACAAGACCAACCCAAUUCCAGUCGGAUCCCCGACCGGAUUGACCUCCGGGCGAGUCCCAGGAGCCGUCAAGGUUCCCCCAGUCAGUCACCCCGACUCGGCCCCAGUCGGUUCUUGAACGGUGAAAAGAGCGGGGCGUCAUUUGUUGUAGGUGAAUUGUUGGGAAAAUUAUGGGGCGAUCGAAAGAAGCAAUCAAAGAAGGUGAGGAGAAGAGGAUCUAAACUAUGGUACCAAAAGAAAAGGGUGAAAGGAUUCGUAGUGUUGGUUGCUUUGGUGGGUUUGUUUUUCUUGAUCGAUUGGUUUAUGCUCUUGCGGUUACAAGCUCACCGGGUCGGACCCCGUGGCGGAUCUUCUAGGAGUUCUGUUUCGAUUCAGCCUCAGCCUCAGGUAAAGGUGAAAAAGCCUAGUAAAGGGAAAAGGCAUUACAGUGGUAUUUAUGGAAGAUUGUUGGCUUUGGCCGCUCAUGCUUUGGCCGAGGGACAAAAUAAACGUGAACCAAAAGACUUAUGGCAGGAACCUUCAGUUCCUGCCUCUUCUUGGAGACCCUGUGCUGAUCAACGUAACUGGGAACCUGAUGAGGGUAAGAAUGGAUACAUUAUGGUCACUGCAAAUGGUGGAAUAAACCAGCAGCGUGUAGCUGUCUGCAAUGCUAUUGUUGUUGCUCGCUUACUUAAUGCAACUCUUGUUGUUCCCAAAUUUAUGUAUAGUAGUGUUUGGAAAGAUGUAAGUCAAUUCAGUGAUAUCUAUCAGGAGGAGCAUUUUAUUAACUACCUGGCUCCAGAUAUUCAAAUAGUGAAACAACUUCCUGAAGAGCUAAAGUCUCUAGAUUUGGAGGCAAUUGGUAGCGUUGUGACAGACGUAGAUGUUAUGAAGGAAUCUAAACCAAGCUUUUAUCUGAAAAACAUUCUCCCUAUCCUACUUCAGAAAAGAGUUGUCCAUUUCGUUGGAUUUGGGAAUCGUUUGGCAUUUGACCCAAUACCAUUUCAGUUGCAGCGACUUCGAUGCAGAUGUAAUUUUCAUGCUCUUAAAUUUCUUCCGAAGAUACAAGAAACUGCUGCUUUACUCCUUGAAAGAUUGCACAAGCAUUCAGCUCAGCCAGGACUAUUAGAUCAUUAUCUUGUUGGUCCACAUGCAGUGUCAGCUAUAAUUGAGAGGAAUGAUCGUGCCAAAAAACCAUCCAGAUAUCUGGCUUUGCAUUUGAGGUUUGAGAUCGACAUGGUAGCUCAUUCAUUAUGUGAGUUUGGUGGAGGUGAAGAAGAGAGACAAGAAUUGGAAGCAUUUCGACAAAUCCAUUUUCCUGCAUUAACAGAGCUAGAGAAGACUGAAAAGUUACCUUCCCCUGCUAUGCUCAGAUCUGAAGGGUUAUGUCCUUUAACACCAGAAGAAUCAGUACUUAUGCUUGCUGCUCUAGGUUUCAACCGUAAGACUCAAAUAUAUGUCGCAGGGGCGCAAAUAUAUGGAGGGACAUCAAGAUUAGCUGCUUUGACAAGUUUGUAUCCUAAUCUAGUUACCAAAGAGAAUUUGCUUUCACCUACGGAACUUGAACCAUUCAUGAACUUUUCAUCUCAGCUUGCAGCACUGGACUUUAUUGCCUGCACAGCAGCUGAUGCAUUUGCCAUGACAGACUCUGGUAGCCAAUUGUCAUCUCUGGUGUCUGGUUAUCGAGUAUACUACGGUGGAGGGAAGAUGCCUACAAUACGCCCAAAUAAAAGGAGAUUAGCCGAUAUCUUUGUGAAGAACAAUACUAUAGAGUGGAAAGUGUUUGAGCAGAGAGUAAGGAAGGCAGUUAGGCAAACUAAGCAUGUCCAGAGUAGACCCAAAGGUAGAAGCGUAUACCGGUAUCCACGGUGUAAAGAGUGUAUGUGUCAUACUGAUUGACACAUUUCCGUUUUAUAACUUUUAAAGAUGUUACAAUUAAAACAUGUAACAUUCUUUGUUGUUUAAUAUUAGUCUCAAAUCAAACUCUUAUCAAUUAUACAUUGUUUAUUGUUGGGCAAACUUGUCCUUG